GGUAAGGAAAUUAAACAUAGCAUUCGACAAAACGAGAAUGUUAAGUGUUUACAUAUUACACCGGGCAUCCCUCGGAAAAUUCAUAGUUUUCAGCUUACAAAACACAACCGGGCGCAGCCAGGAAAUCUAUUCGAGAGGGAAGGGAGGCGCAGGCUCUUCGUCCGGGGUGGGGGCCAGGCCGUAUGAUUCGGCGUUGAAGUCCAGAUCCCUUUCGGCAAGGAUCGCAUGGGUGGCCUCCCGGUCUCGCUUUUGGCCAGACAUGAAGCCAUAAGACCCAACCUGGGUGACCAUUUCCUUCCCGUUGGGUUCCCGGUAGAUGAACUUGAAGGCCUCCAUCGUUACCUCCGGAGUAGAUGUAAUCACCCGGGCCGUCUCCUCCAAGUUCUCCCCCACCCAUUGCUUGGCCCUGCCGGGGAACUCUCGCUCCUUCAGCUCCGAGUGCUCCAUCAGCUUCAGGUUCUCUUCCUUCAGCUGGAGGGUCUCCGCCUUGGCCCUCCCGGCAAUUGCUCAGAGAUUGGCCAUCUCAUCGAGCUGCCGGGCUAUCAAGUCCUGCAGCUCCCGGUUGUGGGCCUCGACUCCUUUCAGCUUCUCCUCCAGCUGGAGUGACCGGGGAGGGGAGUCCUCGACAAGCCUCUCCAGGGUUUCAGGCCCAACCUCGCCCAUCUGCAAAACGAAACGUACCGGUUAGUGCGACAGAAAAGCAACAAAUUCAAGAG